AUGUCCGUUGUACUGCUGGAGACGUGCUCUCAGAGGGCACCUUUCGUCAGGCCUCGGGGUAAGCUCCCCUGCAAUGGAUUCGUCGGUGUUGCGACAGCAUUGUCGUGGCCCAGGAGACGGACAGCCAACAAACGGGAGUUCAGUGUCAGCUCAGGAUUGAGGGAAGCGCCUGAGGCCAGGCAGCGAAGUGCGUCCAAGGUCUUCAGCAGCGCCGACGAAGCUAUUGCGGAUCUGAAGGAUGGCACCACCAUUCUGAGUUCCGGGUUUGGGCUCUGCGGAGUAGCAGAAACACUCAUCGACGCGAUCCGCAAGAAAGGGACACGCGAUCUGACAGUUGUCUCGAACAAUGCCGGGGCGGGAGAGUGGGGGCUAGCGAAAUUGACGUCGACAGGCCAGGUGUCGCGCAUGAUCGUCUCCUUCAUCGGCAACAACAAGCCUCUCGGGAAACAGUACCACGACGGCCAAGUCGCCAUCGAGCUCUGUCCACAAGGCACGAUUGCCGAACGGCUGCGCGCGGCUGGGGCAGGGAUCCCGGCCUUCUUCACGGCCACGGGGGCCCGGACGCUCAUCGAGACCGGCGGGAUCCCGAUCAAACUCGGACCCAAGGACCCGCAGACGGGCAAGCACGAAGUGGUGGAGCCGGGGCGGCCGCGCGAAACACGCAUCUUCGACGGGCGCACGUAUCUCAUGGAAACGGCGCUCAAGGGCGACGUGGCGAUCGUGCGGGCGUGGAAGGCCGACGAGGCCGGCAACUGCAUCUUCCGCACCACGACCAAGGCGUACGGCGUGCUCAUGCCCAAGGCGGCCAACCUGGCCAUCGUCGAGGCCGAGAACAUCGUCCCCGUCGGCGCCCUGGACCCAGACCACAUCGACCUGCCGGGCAUCUACAUCGAUCGCAUCUGUCCCGCGACGUCGGAGAAACAUAUCGAAAAACUGGUCCUCGCGCCAUCCGCUUCACAAGACGGUGCCGACUCCAAUGCUUCUGACAACAACCAAGAAGCCGUCAAGCGGAACCGCAUCGCCAAGCGGGCCGCAAAGGAGCUCAAGGACGGAUACUACGUCAAUCUGGGCGUGGGGAUUCCGACCCUAGCAGCCUCGUUCCUCCCGCCUGCCACCAAGGUCUGGCUGCAGUCUGAAAACGGCAUCAUUGGCAUGGGUGCGUACCCUGAGUCCCGCGAGGCUGCCGAUCCGGACACCGUCAACGCAGGCAAAGAGACCGUCACGUUGAUUCCGGGUGCGUCGACCUUCGACUCGGCCGAGUCGUUCGGCAUGAUUCGCGGCGGCCACGUCGAUGUCUCGCUCCUCGGUGCUCUACAAGUUUCCGCCACUGGUGAUCUGGCCAAUUACAUCAUCCCGGGGAAGGCGUUUAACGGCAUGGGCGGCGCCAUGGAUCUCGUCAGCAAUCCGGAUAAGACCAAGAUCAUCGUCUGCACCUACCAUACCGAUAGGGAUGGGCGGAGCAAGAUUGUGGAUGAGUGCGAUCUUCCCUUGACCGGCAAGGCUGUCGUUUCUACUAUUAUAACGGAACUCGCCGUGUUUCAGGUCGAUCGGACCGGUGGGAAGGGCCUGCUGUUGACUGAGACCGCAGAGGGCGUUUCGGUCGAUAUGGUCAGGGAGAAGACUAGUGCCAAGUUCAUCGUUGCAGAGGAUCUGGGAACCAUGGACUAG